UGUGGCCGCUCAAGGGUUAUAUAUUUUCAAGUGGUGUGAGGAGCUCCUCCUCUUCAAGCCUCUCCCUCUCAGCCUCCACCCCCUUCCCUGAGGCACUACAAAUUCACACCCUCCCACCUCCAUCUCCUCAUCUCAUCUCCUCUCACCUGCUCUUUCUUCUUCAGCUAUAUCUGCUGAACUUUCCAAAUAUUUUGCCCCCUCUUCCUUUCGGUUCCUUCUUCUGGCAUGGCGACCGUUGUCUGCCAAGAUCUGCAGUCACGUCUGGAGUCCCAAAUCAUGGAGCCGGUGUCUCUAAGGCUCAAAUUGACUUCACCAAGUCCUCCCCACUUCUUUCAGUCCUUAGACGUGCCCUCAAGGAGCAGCCUCUUGGGUAACUCCUGCGACUUUCUUGCCAAUCCCGUCUCACCAGUCAACAAGCAAGAUUUUGCCUAUGUCCCUCCGCUGACAAGGAGCCCUUCUUCGAUAUCACUCCGCGAGAGAAGCUUAGAGAUGUGCACUGAGGAUCUAGGGAAUGAGACUGGUAUUGUCGACCAUGUUAGCGAAAGCGUGGUUGUACCUUCCAUUCCGACCGACCGGUCAAGGUCUGAUCAGAAUUCGCUUGAACCCCCUCAACAUGCCGGGGCUAAGGAACCAACGCGCCGCAGCUUUCCACCUCCGCUGACAACCAUCAGCGGGGUAAAGUCCCUCCAGUUUAGGCCUCACAGAGAAGACGGGAGGUUGGUCAUCGAAGCCAUUGAGACCCUGUCGAGUUACCCUCAGUUUCAAGCCGAAAGGAGCGACGGCCGGCUUCGGCUAUGUUUCCUGAGAGAACCCGCUUCAUCAUGCGUUGAUUCUAUAGAUGAUGAUGAAAGAGAGAAUGUCCGACGGCGACGAGAUGGAAGAUGAUGAAAAGGAUUGGGGAGAAAACGGUGUCUUUGAGCUAGAGGAAGCUGAUGGUGAUGAAAAUGAUAAGAGAGAUGACGAUGCCUCUGGGGAUGUCAAGGGAAUCUUUCACAGAAGUGGAAGAUGCAAGGAAAGAGAGCCUGAGAAAAGAAGGUUGUUAAGUUGGGAGCCACACUGGGUGGCCACAUCUUGAAGCUUUUUCUCUUCUUUUUUUUUGAAUGAAUAUCAUAGUGCAAUUUUGUUAAGUGUAGUCCUUUUCCAUCUUGUUAUCCUUUCGUUCUUUGCAAUUGGGUUUUCUUUUUUCUAA